UCUAUUCAUCGUAGAUGAGGCUGACGCAGCCGUGGGUGCAUAGGUUUUGAUGGAGCAGAUCGACGGUUGCAACGAGUCGGCGGCACGCCUGUAGGGUAAUAGCGGUAGGAUGGAUCCCCAGCGUUCGCAAUAGCGACCAGGGAUGAAUGAGGAAUACACAAGUUUGGGCCUACUUUGACGAUUGAGUUUCGAACGAAAUGGAAUUUCUCUUUUCCACCCUCCUGGACGAUGACUUAGUGCUUGCCGAGACGCAACGCGGUCUGGCAACCUUGGGCAGGGACCUCCGUUCUGGUCUAGGCGCCAUUGGCACGGCGGUCAUGGCGGAAGCCACGGGAAUUCAUGCGGACGUCCGCGAGGUCAAGCGUGACUUGGCGAGCGUGCGUGAGAGCGUUGAAGACUGCCGUGCCGAAAACAUGGUGUUCUUCGCAAGUUUCACGGCUGGCUUGGAAGCCGCUCGACAGGGCAUCGAA